ACAGAUACAGAAUAAUAUGCAUGCAUCUCUUCAUCUCAGUUAACUCAUUCACUUCGCCAAGUCUACAAGUGCAGUGUUUUGCCUGCAUGCGAGUUGCAUUUCUUGCAACAUUCUGCACUUGGAUAUGAAAACCACUUAAUAAAUUCUUCCCAUCUACGUACGUGACAGACAAGUCCUGCAGUUAUUCAAAUUUUGUUCAGUUUCACGAAAACAAACCUUGAGAAUUUUAAAAUACGUUUUGAAACGGUUGAAAGUUAUGUGAAAUUCUUAUAUCCCAUAAAUUAAUGAGUUCUCGUCUCGUACCUACCACCCUGAUCUAUUUACGUACAUUAACAUCAAUUAGAAUUGGAACAAUUGUUUGGCUCCGCUUGGUUCCUUGUUAAAGUUAGUUAAUGAAUUGACUCUCUGGUAAAUAGUACAUACUUACUUUUAUCAUCAUCAUCCAAGAUAUAUGUAUUAUUUACUCGUUGUACUUACAUACUUCUUGUGAAGCGAAAUAAUAAUUAUAAUAAUAUCGCGUAUAAAGUGAAGGUGAUUUUAUUUUCAUUUUACAAAUUUGGGUCAAACUCAACCCAAUAAUUUUUUCCGUGGCAUAAACUCUCCAUGGCCUUGUCGUUAGAUGUGUGUAAAAGUAAUGUGAAGAAUUUGAGGGAAGGUUGUUAAUUUUUCUGUGUGGACAAUAGAGUGAGUGAGAAAUUUCUGCAAAAGAUUUAUCGAUUGAUUCCUCGCAGCUUACAUCAUCACCAACGACAGGAUAGCUAAGGAGGAUAAUUUGAUUAUUAAAUAACGAGACAAACACGAAUAAAAAUCUUGUUUAUUAGAAAUCCAAAAAAGUAAAGCAGAAACAAGUUCAAGUAGAGGUGAACAGUGGGGGGAUAAGGACCCUUGCAAGAAAGCACAACAAGUGGUUACAUAUGCAUGCACUCAUGCACUUAACUCUGUUUGCAUGAAUGAGGACUGUGUGGAUUGGAUUGGAUUGACUACUUCGCGAAUGUCGCAAUUUCUGGGCUGCAAUAUAAUUUUAAUACGUGAUGAUAUUGCAUUUUAAUUGCGAACGGACAUUUGCAUCUUUUCAAGAUAACCAAGUAAAGUAGCUGAUGUAACGAGAAGUAAUAACGACGACGACAAGACGACAAAUUCGGUCCGUGUCUCAUCAUCAUCAGUGGCGCAAUAACGACGACAAUAAGUUAUGAAUUUAUUUUUUUGUCGAGUGGGUUUUCAUUCCUUUUUUGAAACGUCCUACGAAUAAAACAAAAAUAGCCACGCGAAUAAAUAUAUUUAGGACAGAAGGAGAGGUAAAAAAAAGUAGGAAUUUGUGCCUAAUGACUCAUUUGCUGGCACCCUAAUUCAUCGUGGUGGACAAAUUAAGCAAGUGAUUGAGUGAAUGUCUGACUACGUGAAGUUGUGUAACUUUUUUCUAAGUACUUAAAAAGAUUGUAGCAAACUCGUGAAGGGAUUGAAAUGACAUGGACUUAAAAAUUUGUAGUGUUAAUUAACACACACAAACACAAGUACGAUUAGCAGCAUGGUGAGUGAGUGAGAUGUAAAAGAGGAAAAAAUAACUUUUGGAUUUGGAUCUUUAUGAUUUCGACACUGUUUACCUUGGCCACUGCAGUCUUCGUCCAACUCACGCGAACCAGAGCGACCAUCUUCUUCUCAUCAAAUAUUCCUAACGAUUAAAUAUUUAAGAGAAAAAAGUCCAUUGGGAUUUGGUAUUCCACUUAUUUACAAAGUGCCCCAAAAUGGGCAAAGUGAAGAGGUACAAGAAGACGACGUGGGGAGUGAUGUCGCCCUUACACGCCACAAUCUCAACGUCUUGGGUCCCCUUGACUUUUGCGCUCUUGCUCUACACGAGUGGGAUCGACUUGUCGAUUGGGGACUCCGCAGCCCCGUCGGAGGAUGACGCCACGGAAAAUGGGACCGCCGUGAAGAGGAAUUAUAAUCUGACGGGGAACCCUCAAAUCGAUUACAUCUACGACCCCAACCUCCCCAGAGAACUGAACGGCUACAAUUUGUCCGACUAUCCGUUCUAUAGCAGAGUGCCAUCAAAAAUCAAUUACUCAUGUGAAGGACUUAAAGACGGGUUUUAUUCUAAUAUAGAGCACAAGUGUCAGGUGUACCAUCACUGCCUCUAUGGCGCACGGCACGAUUUCCUCUGCGCCAAUUUUACAGCGUUUGACCAAAAGACGUUCAUCUGCCAGUUCGUGUCGGAAGUGGAUUGUGCCAAUUCUGCCCUUUUUUAUCACAGAAAUGACGCACUAUAUCCAGAAAAACCAACCACUCCUGUACCUGAACCCAUAAAAAUCCGACCAGGUCUCUACGAGCGGAGACGACCCCCACCAAGAGACCGCCAUUCUGCCGCUGCCGCUGCUGGUGCUGCUGCUGAAGGGGGUGGUGCAUCGCAAGAUCCUGCCCCAGGAGUGGCCCCACUCGAAGAAGAAGGGGUCGAUCCCUACUACGACUCUGAAGAAGACUAUCGCCCCGUCCGCAGGAAGCCUUUACGACGACGGUGCAAAAACAAGAGGAGGUGUCGCAGGCCGAGUCGACGCCGACCAAGGCCACGUCCCGUCUACUAUGACGACUACGAGGAUGACUACGAGGAUGAUUACGACAGUGGGUACGACGACUAUUACGAGGACCGACCAAAGCAACGGGGAGGCAGGCGGAAGGACAAGACAGGAAAUAAAGUGGCAGGGAGCAAGGUUGAAGAAUCCGUGGUGACCAGGGAGCGAGGAACGACCACGACGACGACCACGGCGUCCACCACGACGACAACGACCCCUUCUCCGGAACAAGUGGAGCAAGAAACCAUUGAAGUUGAGCAGGCCAAAAAUCGCGAGGAGAUUCUCAGCAAGGCGAGACCCAUGAGGAUUCGAAAGUACGAGUUUUCUCCACAAGGAAGAAGCGCGUCUCCAGGAGAAAGGUCAACGACAACGUCAACCACGCCUCCUCCCACACAAUCAUCGUCAACUUCUCCAUCCGUCCAGGAGGUUGGGGAUGAUUAUUACUACGACAAUGAGGAUGGUCAGCAGCCAGCCGCCGCACCACCAACGGCGCAACCUAGAACAACUUCCAAACCAAAACCCACAGUUCCAACGACGCAGUCCCUACGACAAAGGUUCAUUAGUCGAAAUUUCCGUCAAAGUCCGGCCACAACGAAGGGGCCAAUUUCAACAACAACGACAACGACAACUUCCACCCCCAGCACUACGACUACACCAAAACCAACAACUACAGCAAGUACGACGACCAACACUACCCCAAGACCACAAAGAGUAACGUUGAGGUCCCAGACAACGACGGCAACAACAGCCACCACGACGACAAGUACCACAACAGAAGCCCCACAAUAUGAGUACGAAUACGAAUAUGAGGAUGAAGUCUCCUCAAGUUCCCAGGCCCCAUUGGCACCAACCACCCAGCUCACCACCUCAACCACCACGCCCACACCAACGCUUAAGCCGGUCCGACCUCUAAUCCGUGGAAAUAAGCGUCCACAAUUGGGAGGAACGGUACAAACGUCCACUUCUGUCUCGGUUCAAGAGCAAGACGGUAACAACGAUGAUGUGGACGAUUCCCAAAAUGCGAUCAACAGACGACAAUCUUCCUGGGUACGAGGACAGCAAUCGCGGACAUCUCCAUCCUCCACCAUCACACCGGCAUCAUCUCCAACUCCAGCAUCCACCAGUGUCACCUCUUCCACUUCAGAAAGAGUUUCGUACCAACCUCAAGGCAGAGGAAAUCGACAGCAGCAACCGUCCAACAACAACUACCAAGAGCCCACCAGAGAAAGUGCUCCUGUGAUCACUGUAAAGUCUCAAAGCCCAAUUUCUCCACCACCUUCUCAAAUUCCACAGUAUCAACUUCAAAAUUCUGGAGCAAAAGAGACCCCCGCCAUCAAGAAUAGACCGUCCAGAUUUUGGCAGCGACCUACCAAAGUUGUAGCGAGCAGCAGUACCACUGCGGAACCACCGGCGUCCCUAUUUUCCGAAUACGACUACUCUGAUGCAGAUGAGGAGGAAUCACCUGCUCCCGCAGUGACACGUUUCACCCAGCCCUCGUCAAAUUCCCGAUUCAAGUCCACCCCAGCUCUUGUCCCAUCGUCAACUUCGUCCUAUUCUGACCGUGAAACCCCCUCCAACAGUAACAGCUACCGAGGACAAUACACUGCUUCCACUGGGAACACUAACCCGGCGCCUCAGCAGUACCUCCGCUCCACAAUUUCACAACCAAAUUCCUACCCCACGCCCAGUCGGUCCCCUCCAACGCAGCAGAAUAAUUUUAUUUCCCAAUAUGGUCCAUCUCCAUCCUCCAUUGGGAUCCAAUACCAGCAUCAACUCCCUUCCAGCACCACGUCCAGUUCCAGACCGGAAUUUAUUUCGCUUCUGAGGGACGACGAAGACCCUUACUCUCCGUAUGAGACACAGCAGCAGGACUAUCCUCGAAGUAGCUCCAGCUCAAGUAGCAGUUCAUCUAGUUUUACAAAUAGUAAUAAUAAUAGAAGAAUACCUGCUCCAGCAAGGACGCAGUAUUUCGGGGGGACGGGACCUUCUUCGUCGGGGGGCCAUUUUCACAACAGCCAGAAACAUCUGUACAGCGCAGCUCAAGAGACUUAUCACUCAUUUCUUCCUGCACCGUCCAGAUUUAAUUUUAUGAAUAUGGGAAUCCCAGAUUUUGCUUCAGGGCCUGGAAUGGUCCUUUACAGCAGAAAUCCAGUGAUGUUAAGUGGAAAGAAGAAGUAAAAAUUUUCAAAAUUUAUUUAUUUUGAAGAAUUUACAAAAAAUUAAAUGAGCAGAAAAAAAAACAUUUUCUGUUCGACUGAUUGAAAGCCAUUCAUUAUAGAAAUUUGUUUGAAUUUGUUCGAAAUUGGGAAAAAAUUGAAAAAAACGAAAUGAAUAGAUUAAAGAAAUAAAGAAAAGACGUGUUCACCAAAAAAUGGACACGAUAUAAAUACCUAAAUGCAUAUUUCUGCAGAACAAAUAAACUUACAAGAACCAAUAAUGCAAGCUUAAUCCAAGUGUGAGUAUUGUCGUCGUUUCAAGAAUUUGGUGUUUUGAUAUGACGCACCUUGGCCGUGUGUAGUAUUAUACAAUGCAAGACAUAUGAAUUAGUAACUCAUCAAUGAUGUCUUGCCACCCACAGAACCCAGACUGAUGUGAUCCUUAAAUGGUUAAUUAAAAAACUUAAGAGUUUACUACGAGAGAAAUUUAUAGAUACUUACACAUAGUUUAGAAAUUUAGGGUGUGGUUGGGUCGUGAUUUGUGUCAAACGUUUCAGAAUUAUUGACAAGUUCGCGUUUGUGAAUGAAUGAAUGAAUUUUGAUACGAGUUUUGUACGCAAUAAAAUACAUUUUUGUAGCACAAGUA